CUUCCUAUGCAAAGGGUGGGAGGUGGCAGUGGCUUCUCUGGUCCACCUCUGGUCUCCCCUUUCAAAGCCCGAAUGUGCCACUGUCCUCGUGGACAUGCACACACAGCUCUGGCCAGGACUGAGUUGCUCUGCAGAUUAGAGGAAGGUGAGCGGAGCCUGCCAGUCUUUUCAGACAGCACAGCCACAGCUAUUGGUGCUCAGCGGCUUUCAUCAGAAAUCUGUGGGUAGAAACUUCCAGGGGUUUGCUCUGAGCUUCUGAGGUUUCUUCUCUGCUUCAGGCAUGAAGUGAGUGGGUGUCUCUCUGAGACACAGAAAAAGAAGACAAGAGAGAGAGAGAGGUGUUUCCCUUGGCUAUGGAAACUCUAUAAAGACAGAAGCAACUUUUCAGCAGGCAGCACCAGCCUCGACAGGACUGAGAAGUGAAACUCUUUGCCGUGCCGGCCCGGGGCACUGAAUACCAUGCAGCAGCACCCGAAUUGUCCGUAUCCCCAGAUCUACUGGGUAGAUAACAGCUCGAGCUCUGCCUGGGCUCCUCCAGAGUCGGUUUUCCCCUCUCUGCCCUCCAGGCCUGGUCAAAGGAGACCACCACCACCACCACCACCACCACUGCCACCACCACUUCCACCACUGCCCCCACUGCCCCCACUGCCACUGUCAACUUUAAAGAAGAAGAGGGACCGCAACACAGACUUAUGCCUCUUCGUGAUAUCUUCCGUGGUGCUCGUGGCCCUGGUUGGCCUGGGGCUGGAAAUGUACCAACUCUUCCACCUACAGAAGGAGCUGGCAGAGCUCCGUGAGUCUACCAGCCAAAGUCAAAUGAAAUUAUCUGUGGAGAAGCAAAUAGGCCACCCCAGUCAACCCUCUGAAAAAAAGGAGCCAAGGAGAGCGGCCCAUUUGACAGGCAAGCUCUACUCACGGUCCAUCCCGCUGGAAUGGGAAGACACCUAUGGAAUUGCCCUGAUCUCCGGAGUGAAGUAUAAGAAGGGUAGCCUCGUGAUCAAUGACACUGGGCUCUACUUCGUGUAUUCCAAAGUAUACUUCCGGGGUCAGUCUUGUGACAACCAGCCCUUGAGCCACAAGGUCUACAUGAGGAACUCUAGGUAUCACCAAGAUCUGGUGCUGAUGGAGGGGAAGAUGAUGAGCUACUGCACUACUGGUCAGAUGUGGGCCCGUAGCAGUUACUUGGGCGCCGUGUUCAAUCUCACCAGUGCCGACCGUUUGUAUGUCAAUGUAUCAGAGCUGUCCCUGGUCAACUUUGAGGAAUCAAAGACAUUUUUUGGCUUAUAUAAGCUCUAGGAAGGGUAAUUGAGGAUUUCCCCAUUAUGGCUGCUUGUGAGAGGCACUGUUUUGAAUGAAGGUCUCAAGCCUGCUGGUGGUUAAGUGAGAAGACAUGAACCACAAAGACCUUGCAUGAACAAGGUUCAGAAAGUCUGCAGUCCCUCACUUCACCUAAAGUCUAUGUGUCAGACAAGAGGAGAAACAGGACUGAAACACAUCAAGCUCUGAGCUGCCUCUUGAGGACGUGGAGGCAUUGAAAAGCAGCUGUCAGGUAUUGUAGACUCAUGUGGCCAAGAAUGUUUUGGCACAUGGGAAAGGACACGUUUUAACUCACCUCCCAGGGAGGGUAUAUUUUCUACCUCAAGGGAGAUCAUCGUUCAUGUGACUGUGACAGGUGUAUGUGGGGGAUACUAAAGGGGGAUCAGCCUUACAUAAAGUAAAGAGACUGAAGGAAAUCCAUCCCCCAUUGCUACCAUUUUGAGUUUUAGACACACGUCAUGAGCCACCAGGUGAUGCUGACAGAGAAACAGGUGGAUCCUUAGGGAUCUGAUUCAUUUCCUGCACAUCAUGAAUAUUUCCAGCAUAAUUAUAAGGGUGGUGUGUGUGUGUGUGUGUGUGUGUGUGUGUGUGUGUGUGUGUAGAAAAGAAGCAGAAAGAGACAGAGAGAGAGACAUUUUAAAGUGUCACAUAAGUAAAGAGAAUGUGGGAAUUGUGAAGUACAUGUGUGCUUGGAAAUUCUGUGUUGCAUUUGGCAGCAGAUUUUGAAUGCAUCUUGACAACUCACUCUAAUAGUCCUCAAAAAUAUUAGAUUGUCACUUGCUGAUGUUCAGCUACUGAUUGUUUUCCUUUAAUAUGAUCAAUAUUUAUAUAAAUUUUGUGGAUUUUUAUUGAACGCAAGACCUGUAAUAAAAUCCAUAUUUUAGAAGACAGAAUUUUGGUCUUUGCCGGAAUUAAAAAAAAAUAAAAAUAAACAGAAUACACAAAAGGAUUGUGACUAUAAAUUUUAGAAA